AUGGAGCAGGAGGAGCAGGCCGGCCUGCAGGCUGGCGUCUGCCUGGGCACCGCCCUGCAGUCCUGGUGGCUGCUGGUGAUGGAGCAGCACUCACAGUCCACCAUGCUGACGGGCAUGGCGAUCGGAGCCCUCCUGGCCCUGGCCCUCGUGGGCAUCGCCGUGCUCUUUGUGCGCAGACGGCUUAACCAGCAGCGACAGGUGCAGCCCACCCCGCAGUACAGGUUCCGGAAGAGAGACAAAGUCAUGUUCUAUGGCCGGAAGAUCAUGAGGAAGGUGACUACACUCCCCAACACGCUUGUGGGGAGCACGGCCGCCCCCCGGCAGCGGGUGAGGAAGCGGACCAAGGUGCUGUCCUUGGCCAAGAGGAUCCUGCGUUUCAAGAAGGAGUACCCAACCCUGCAGCCCAAGGAGCCGCCGCCCUCCCUGCUGGAGGCCGACCUCACGGAGUUCGACGUGAAGAACUCGCACCUGCCCCUGGAGGUGCUGUACAUGCUGAAGAACGUCCGGGUGCUGGGCCACUUCGAGAAGCCGCUGUUCCUGGAGCUCUGCAAGCACAUGGUGUUUGUGCAGCUGCUGGAGGGCGAGCACGUGUUCCGGCCGGGGGAGCCGGACACCAGCAUCUACGUGGUGCAGGACGGGCGGCUGGAGGUCUGCAUCCAGGACGCGGACGGCUCCGAGGUGGCGGUCAAGGAGGUUCUGGCCGGAGACAGCGUCCACAGUCUGCUCAGCAUCCUGGACGUCAUCACCGGCCACACCGCGCCCUACAAGACCGUGUCUGCCCGCGCCGCCGCCCCGUCCACCGUGCUCAGGCUGCCCGCCGUGGCCUUCCAGGGCGUGUUUGAGAAGUACCCGGAGACCCUGGUCAGGGUGGUGCAGAUCAUCAUGGUGCGGCUGCAGCGGGUCACCUUCCUGGCUCUGCACCACUACCUGGGCCUGACCACGGAGCUCUUCAACCCCGAGAGCCAGGCCAUCCCCCUGGUGUCUGUAGCCAGUGUGGCUGCUGGGAAGGCCAAGAGGCAGAUGAGCUGCGGCCCCGAGGAGCGGCCGGAGCGGCCCCUGGAGCCUCAGGAGUCCUGCGAUCCAGACCACGGGGGCGGCCGGGCAGCCAAUGGCGGGCCUCUGCUGAAGAGGAGCCACUCUUACCCACUGUCCUCUGUCCACGAGGAGGUCUCGGAUGACCUCGGCCAGGCCCAGGCGGGCGACCAGGCCGCUGCGGCCCCCCCAGGUGCUCCCUCGGACCUGCACAUGGCCUGUGACCGCGCCAGGGUGCCCCUGCGGGCCGAGGAGCGCCCCGGGAGCGCGGCCAGCAAGUCCAAGAAGAACGUGCUGGUGGCAGAGACGCCCUCAGCUGUGUUCCACUACUCGGACUGCGACCUGGAUGAGAGUGUGGCCAGCACCAAGACGGACGCCAUCUUCCGUGCCGCCAAGAAGGACCUGCUGACCCUGAUGAAGCUGGAUGACCCUUCGCUGUUGGACGGCCGGGUAUCGUUCCUUCAUGUCCCCGGGGGCACGGUGGUGUCCAGGCAGGGGGACCAGGACGUGAACGUGGUCUUCGUGGUGUCGGGGCUGCUGCACGUGUAUCAGCGGAGGAUCGACAGCGAGGAGGACAGCUGCCUGUUCGUAACGCGGCCCGGGGAGAUGGUGGGCCAGCUGGCCGUGCUCACGGGCGAGCCCCUCAUCUUCACCAUCCGGGCCAACCGGGACUGCAGCUUCCUGUCCAUCUCCAAGGCGCACUUCUACGAGAUCAUGCGGAAGCAGCCGACGGUGGUCCUGGGCGUGGCGCACACGGUCGUGAAGCGCAUGUCGUCCUUCGUGCGGCAGAUCGACUUCGCCCUGGACUGGAUGGAGGUGGAGGCGGGGCGCGCUGUGUACAGGCAGGGGGACAAGUCGGACUGCACCUACAUCGUGCUCAGCGGCCGGCUGCGCUCCGUGAUCCGCAAGGACGACCUCAAGAAGCGCCUGGCCGGGGAGUAUGGCCGCGGAGACCUCAUCGGUGUGGUGGAAACACUCACCCGCCAGCCCCGGGCGACCACAGUGCACGCCGUUCGGGACUCGGAGCUCGCCAAACUGCCGGCGGGCGCCCUGACGUCCAUCAAGCGCAGGUACCCGCAGGUGGUGACCCGGCUGAUCCACCUGCUGGGGGAGAAGAUCCUGGGCAGCCUGCAGCAGGGGCCUGCGACCAGUCACCAGUUUGGGCUGCGCUCCACUGGCAGCAAGUGGGACUUGGGGAACCCGGCCAGCAACCUGUCCACGGUGGCCAUCAUGCCCGUGGCCGAGGAUGUGCCCCUCACCGCCUUCGCCCUGGAGCUCAAGCACGCCCUCAGCGCCAUUGGCCCCGUGCUGCUGCUGACCAGCGACAACAUCAAGCAGCGCCUCGGCUCGGCCGCCCUGGACAGCAUCCACGAGUACCGGCUGUCCAGCUGGCUGGGGCAGCAGGAGGACAUCCACCGCAUCGUGCUCUACCAGGCGGACAGCUCGCUCACGCCCUGGACCCAGCGCUGCAUCCGGCAGGCCGACUGCAUCCUCAUCGUGGGCCUGGGCGACCAGGAGCCCAGCGUGGGCGAGCUGGAGCGGAUGCUGGAGAGCUCGGCCGUGCGCGCCCAGAAGCAGCUGGUGCUGCUGCACCGGGAGGACGGCCCGGCGCCCGCCCGCACCGUCGAGUGGCUCAACAUGCGCAGCUGGUGCUCCGGCCACCUGCACCUGUGCUGCCCGCGCCGGGUCUUCUCCAGGCGCAGCCUGCCCCGGCUGGUGGAGAUGUACGAGCGGCUCUUCCAGCGGCCCCCGGACCGGCACUCGGACUUCUCCCGCCUGGCCCGGGUGCUGACGGGCAACGCCAUCGCGCUGGUGCUGGGCGGAGGCGGGGCACGAGGCUGCGCCCAGGUAGGCGUCAUCCGAGCGCUGGCGGAGUGCGGCAUCCCCGUGGACAUGGUCGGGGGCACGUCCAUCGGGGCCUUCAUGGGCGCCCUGUACGCCGAGGAGCGGAGCUACAGCCAGAUUCGCAUCCGGGCCAAGCAGUGGACGGAGGACAUGUCCUCAAUGAUGAAGACGAUGCUGGACCUGACCUACCCCAUCACCUCCAUGUUCUCGGGGGCCGGCUUCAACAGCAGCAUCUGCAGAGUCUUCAAGGACCGGCAGAUCGAGGACCUGUGGAUCCCCUACUUCACCAUCACCACGGACAUCUCGGCCUCGGCCAUGCGGGUGCACACAGACGGCUCCCUGUGGAGGUACGUGCGCGCCAGCAUGUCCCUGUCGGGCUACAUGCCCCCGCUCUGCGACCCCAAGGACGGCCACCUGCUGAUGGACGGGGGCUACAUCAACAACCUCCCAGCGGACGUGGCCAGGUCAAUGGGGGCAAAGGUGGUGAUCGCCAUCGACGUGGGCAGCCGGGACGAGACGGACCUCACCAACUACGGCGACGCGCUGUCAGGGUGGUGGCUGCUGUGGAAGCGCUGGAACCCCUUGGCCACCAAAGUGAAGGUGCUGAACAUGGCGGAGAUCCAGACGCGCCUGGCCUACGUGUGCUGCGUGCGGCAGCUGGAGGAGGUGCGCAACAGCGACUACUGCGAGUACCUGCGCCCGCCCAUCGACAGCUACGGCACCUUGGACUUCGGCAAGUUCGCCGAGAUCUGCGAGGUGGGGUACCAGCACGGCCGGACGGUGUUUGACAUCUGGAGGCGCAGUGAGGUGCUGGAGAAGAUGCUGCAGGACCGGCAGGGCACAAGCAAGAUGAAGGCCUUUGAUGUCCUCACCUGCCCCAACGCCUCCUUCACGGAUCUUGCCGAGAUCGUGUCGCGCAUCGAGCCCGUCAAGGUGGCCGUGGUGGAUGACGAGUCUGACUACCUGACCGAGUGCGAGGAGGGCUUGCCGGAGGGCCCCCAAGAGGCCUACGCGGACUUCCAGAGCUCCCCGGCCGACGGGGGCUCCGACUGGGAGGACGAGCCCUCGCUGCAGCCCCAGCACCCCAGCGUGGCCGCCCCCACACCGCCCCCGGACGCCUCGCCGCCCCCGUUCUCUGGCCAGGACGGGUAG